CUUUGCGUUUGAAGAACAUGUGGAUGUGGAUCUCAUGCUGAAGUAUCUGACUCUCUGGGAGAAACACACGCAAUACAACAAUCGUGGCGUCUACAUGGCCAUGAGAGCCUUCCUCUACGACCAGCAAAAACGCUACGCUGAGGCUCUGAGAACUAUCAAAGAAGCAGAGGACAUCAUCAGGACCGACCAUCCAACCAACUUCUACCACCAGUUCCUUGUGGCUUAUGGGAACUAUGCCUGGAUUUACUAUCACUUGACCAAUUAUAGCAUGGUAAAGUUCUGCCUUGAACAGAUAAACAAAUUCUGCCUCUCUCUGCUCAGUCCUUAUCUGUACACAGUGGACAUCCCAGAAGUUGAAGCCCAGAAAGGGUGGUCUCUCCUGGUUGGGGGCUUCCGAAAUGGAAGGGAGGCUAAGAAUUGCUUCCUCCGGGCUCUAAGAAAGAAUGCCUUCUGUCUGGAAUACCAGGCAGGUCUGGCCGUGUCUGCUUUUGCCUGCUGGACUAGCUCUCAAAAUGCUCAGGACGAGAGAGUGGCGAAGGCAUGGCUGGAAAUGAUGCUUCCUCUGGACCCUCACAACUAUGAGGUCAAAGUGUAUUUAGCCAGUAUGCUUCUGCACAAAGAUAACACGAGAGUCAAGUAUCUCUUGGAUAAUGUGGUGGAGCAUAGUCUCAACCCUGAAGUCCUGAGAAUGGCUGCCCACUUGUGUUGGCAGCAAUCCUUGCCAUCCACUGCCAUUUCCAUUUUGAGGCAAGCCUUAGCUCAGGAUCCCACCUAUCCUAUGCUUCACUAUGACCUUGGCCUCCUCUACAAGCACCAGAUGGAGACGGCUCCAAUCCCAGAAGAGAGAACAGAAGCACUGUCAUCUGCUAUAACGAAUUUCCAACAGGCUAUAGAACUAGACCCUCUUUUUAUAGAUCCCAAGUUAGAGCUGGCUAAACUCUAUGGAGCAGAAUCGCCCUCAUUUGAGGAAGAGGUUUAUCUAAACCUGCUGGACCAGGUGCCCCAUUUUACCAAGCGAUGCCAGCAAACCUUCUAUCUCCAAUGGGGGGAUUUCCUCCUCCGCAAGAAAGGGUUGAAGCACGAGGCACAGCAGCAGUACAUGGCAGGCCUCCAAAUCUCUGGCAGCCGUUUCAAGGAGCUGAAUGACCGGCUGAUAAAUCUGGCCAGCAUUUUUCUAGAUGACUUUGAUGUGGCUCACUUCGAUGCUCUCCACACCUUCCUUCAAAGAUGUUGGAACCAAAGGGUUCAGGGGGAAGAUCUCUGGUGGUUUAGCUAUAGGCCUUAG